AUAUAAUUGGAGAAAAAUUAUCUGGCAGCAAUCAAUUGAGAAGAUUUGAUUACGCAACUUGGACAAGAUUGCAAUGAACAAUAAACCUUCAUGGCGUUCCUGAAAUUUGCAGCAUCAAUAGUUCUUGGUGUAGGUGUAGGAUAUGGUCUGCUUCAAAUUGUUUCACCCAAAGAAUCAGAAAUUGUGAAGUAUCUUCCACCACAUUCAUCGCAGAAACAAAAUCUUUUCAAAUUAUAUAAACAGCCAUCUGAAGAAUUUACAAGCCAAAAUAAAUUGAAUAUAAAUUCUAAAAAACUUCAAGAUAGCACAAAUAUUGAAAAAUAACAUUCAUAUGCUAAAAUGGAUUCUACGGAACUCAUAGAAGGGAGUUUGCCAGAUCGCAUUACGAAGAGAGACCGUGAAAGAAAAAAUAUUAUUGAAAGACGGAAAGAAGAACGGCAAUCGCUUAUCGUGGAAUCCGAGCAGAGCAAUUAUUUUAAAGAUACAUUUUAUUCCUCCUGCAAAAAGAUUAAAGAUAUGCUAAAUGAUGCGCCCAGUAUAUCAUCCUCGGCUUUGCCAGGAAUUUUCGAGAAAUCCAACAAAGAAAUUCAAUUACUUAAGAAUUACUUAUUGCAAUCUAAAAUAUUUUUGAAAGUUUAUGACAUAAGACGCGCACAAGAAAACUUGCAGAUGUUAGAGAAUGAAGCUUCCGAAUUAGAAAUGAAACUUUUGCCUAAGAAAAAGUUUGGAUUUAAAAAUCGUAGAAUUGUAAAGAAGCCUUCUGAUAAGGGACUCGACAUCACAGAUGGCUUAAAAGAUCUCCAGAUAUCUGAAAGCAUUGUAAAUGGUUCAUCAAAGCAAAACAAUAAAUUAUCAAGCAAAUAUGGAGAUAACGCUUGUAUGCUUCUAAGCAAGGUGAACGAGCAACUGGUAUUGGAUGCUGAGAAUGUAAAUAAAAAUGAUAUUCUACUUUCCGAUCUAAUUAAGUGUACUAUACGAAUAUAUGGUACACCCAGUACAUUGCAUAUGGUAAACCUAAAACAAUGCACUAUAUUAGUAGGACCAGUGACAUCUUCUGUGUUUGCGCACGACUGUAGUGAAUGCGUAUUCGCUUUUGCAUGUCAACAAUUGCGAUUACAUUCAUCGACAGAUUGUACCAUUUAUUUGCAUGUUACAAGUAGAGCAAUUAUAGAAGAUUGUACAAAGAUAUAUGUAGCACCUUACAAUUGGUCUUAUGAAGAUCAAACAAACCACUUUAACCUAGCUGGUCUUGAUCCAAAGAUUAACAAUUGGAACUGUAUAGAUGAUUUCAAUUGGCUGUCCAGUGAAAAACAUUCGCCAAAUUGGUCCAUUCUUGAACCAGAACAUCGAGUGAAGACGUGGGAUUAAAUAAACAUUUAUAAGAAAAAGAGAAACUUAUAACUUAUAAUUAUCACUUAUAAUUAUCUAUAAUUCAAACAUUUUUAAGGCACUGAAUUUUUUUCUAAACAUCCACGAACAUGAUUUAUCUA